AUAGACUAUACUAAAUUCUAUAUAUACUCUAUUCUACUAUAUAUACCACUAUAUACGACUAUAUACUACUGUAUACUAUAUAUACUACUGUAUACUAUACAUACUAUACACCCAUACAUACUAUACUAAUUCUACUAUGAGUAUUCAUGCCAUAUCUCCAUUAUCUACCCCAGUGAAAUCACCGAGAAAUUCUAUUGGAUAUACUAUUCCAUUAUCAAUAAUCUUAAAACUUAAUGGAUUAUUAAAAAAAUCAGUGUUAUCUCGAAAAUUCUAUCAAGAAAUUAAUGAUAAAAUCUUAGCCAAAUCAUCUACUGUAGAUGCUAAUUUAUAUUUCAUUUGUUAUUUUACUUUACUUAUAAGUGCUGUAUUAAAUAAUCAAUAUAAAAUUAAACAUUUCUUAUUGGUACAGAGAUAUAAUUUAGUAUCGAUUAUUAAACGAGUAUUUAAUUUUAAUUUAGUUGGUCAAGAAGAAAAUAAAUUAAAUAAAUUAAAUAAAUUCCUUAAUAUAUCUAAACCAAUAUAUAAUGAAAAGGAAGCUACUAAACCUUCACAUUUAGCUAUACAUUUAAAGGCUAUUUCAUCAUAUUUAUCAGAUAUUAGAAUCUUUAAUAGAUUAACUGAAUCCAUUAAAUAUAUGCCAUGGAUUAUUGAUGAAUUCACAGCUAUGACAGAUCCAUCGGCUUCAACUCCAAAGUCCUAUCGAAUCAUUAAUUUUCUUCAAUCAAUUAAUUGUUUGGUAUUAGAACUCUUAGAAAAUGCUGGUUGGAUUACUGAUCAUAAUUGGAUAGGUACAUCUGAUAAUGAUUGGUGGUCUUUUGAAACUUAUAUUUGGUGUUCAAGAGUAUGGGGAUUAUAUCUCGUAAUUGAGAUUAUAGAAUUAAUUAGAAGAAGUCCCUUAAAGGAGUGGAAUACUACUAGUUGGAAAAUUGCGUUAUUUAAACAAGUCAUUCAAGUACCUCUAGUAUUACAUUGGUCACUUCGUGAAGGAUGUUUAACUCCAUUCUGGGUAGGUGUUUGUGGUAGUGGAGCUUCAUGGUGGGGGUUUAGAGAUUUAUGGACUUCGUUAGAGUUGAAUUAAUUAGAGUUGAAUUAAUUAGAGUUGAAUUAAUUA